GACCUUAGCACACUUCAUCGACAGAAGCAUUUCAAGGACCUAUGUGAUGAGCCGUUGAAUCCAAAGCUAGAAGAGGACUGCAACAACGAGAACUGGGAACUGAAAUGGUAUUUCAACAAAGUACGUGGUGCAUGUAAAUCGUUCUGGUAUGGCGGAUGUGAAACAAAAGCGAGGAACUUUUUCGGCGAUGUCAAGAGCUGCCGAACAACAUGUGGUCACAAAUAUCCACCUCCGGAAGAGGCUCUCAAUCCGCAGUUUUUGCGGGAUCCGUCAUUAAUACUGAAAGCUAAAAUAGCUACUCCAGCGACUACAUCAACUCCUUUUUGGAGCGAACCAACAUCUCCUGAACUUCUAGAUUCAUCUGUUGUAACCACAGUACCAGCAUCUUCAGAAGCCACGACAGGCUUUGUGAGGAAUGUGGAUGCAGCGCCGCCCACCGCGCUCAGAACAACUACUGAGAAGAACCGCGAAAACGUGCCAUCGAUCCAGUCACCUACUCAAGAAAAAGUGAUCAUGGACAUCUGUGAUAAAGGUUUCGAUCCGAAAUGGGACGAGGACUGCGACAACGACAACUGGAUCAUCCGUGCGUAUUUCGAACCCAAGAAAAACGGAUGCAAACGUAUAUGGUGGGGCGGUUGCGUGACCGACAACAAGAAUCUCUGGAGCAGUAUGGCAGAAUGUCAACGGGCUUGUGCUCACAAGAUUGAACCGCUGUCGGUCCCUCCAGAGCCGCAGAAUCGAGCUUCUGAAGUUACAACGUCAACUAAGGGAACCACUGCCUAUCCGAUGUCUAGUAUGUCUCU